AUGAGAUUCCUGAAUAUCUGUGAGAAUGUCAGAUGAUUUGAGGAAACAGACAGAGUCCAGUACAUCCCAACCAAUGGCAAGAGUAAAAUGUUCAAGAAAAAGAAGUAUUGGUGUGAUUUCAAAGGAGAAUUACGACUGCCUUAGAUUAAAACUUGAAGGAGGUGACAUUCCCAAUGAUAGCAAGACUGUCAAGAUUUACCAUGUCUGCCAGAAAAUACGGAAGUUCAAUUUAUCUUUGACAGAAAUUCACAACCCUGUCCAAGGAGAAUAUAGAUUGGAGAUUAUUGAUGGGGACAGGAAAAUAGUGAUAUCAAAGUCAGAACUUGAUAAUGUCAUCAGCAAAUUUUACACUGAGUUGCGGGGCUCUGGAGCAAAGAAAAUAAGAACAUUGAUAAACCAGUAUUAUGCUGGCAUUUCUCAGGAAGCCAUACAAGACUUUAUAGACAGGCAAGAUGACAGGCAACUGUUACAUCCUAAAUUUGUUAAUGCUGCCAAACUAAAACCGGUGAUUUCAAGAACACCAAUGGGGCGACACCAGGUUGACCUUGUGGAACUAACUGGAAUGCCUGCAGAAAAUGAUGGUGAAACAUUCAUUUACAUCUUGUCUGUUAUUGAUGUUUUCACAAGAUUCUUGUGGCUUCGGCCUCUUCCCAACAAAAGAGCCUGUUCAGUGGCAUUGGAACUCCACAAAAUCUACUUUGAGUAUGGAUGGGGAAAUCCAAGAAUCUUACAGUGCGAUCAAGGCUCCGAGUUUAAGGGAGCAGUCAACCAACUCUGCAUAGAAAUGGGAACGAAGAUUGUCCGAAGUCGGGCUCACCAUCCCCAAUCUCAGGGAAAGAGUGAACGAUCACACCGGGAUUGGAAAAGCCAUCUGGAAUUUGAUCACAGCAAACAUGGUGAUGGAGAAAGCUUCAACUGGGUGGAAAAGUUGCCAGCAUAUGCUAGAAUACACAAUGAAAGCAUUCAUUCUGCACUUGGUUGUUCACCAUACAAGGCCAUGCUGGGCUGCCCUCCAGUACACUUCAAGAAUGUGUUGAGAGCUGGGAGUACAGUUGAUGCAUACUCUUGCUCUGAAGAAGAUGAGCAGUGCGAACUAUCUGCAGAGAGUGAUGAGGAUACUGGAGACGAAUAUGGCAUUAAUGAGAGAAUAGAAGCAAUCACAAACCUCAGGAAAAAUGUGCUGCAGGCGUUACUGACCAAAUCAUCAGAAAUGAUUAAAAAACACCACAAAAACAAGGACACAUCAGUGUACAAGAUAGGGGAUGAAGUUCUGGUGAGGGUUCAUGGAAAAGAUACCAGAGUCAAACGAGGUGGGCCCAAAAAAGGGAUGAAAAAAUGCAAGGAAGGAACAAUUGUCGAAAUAGAUUCGCAGAACCCCCAAUUCAAGGUUGCCUAUCCGAACAAGCAUGUGCAGUGGGAGCAGGUGUGUGACAUUACUUCUCGGACAAGAAAAGAAGAGAAGAGGAGAAGAAUGAGGACAUAUGAAGAUGCUCGGCCAGAUGCAAGAGAAGAGGGUAGAAAGCCACUCAAAAGGGGAAAAACACAGGAUGAAAAAGGAAAGGGAGAACAACAGGCUCAAACCAAGAGGAGAGGCAAUGCAGAAACAAAAGGACGCAAGAAGACGCCAACUAUGAAAGAACUGGAGAUGGAGGCCUCAUUCUAUGACCUUGACAUUGUGGACAAUGAAGGGGCUGGUAACUGCAUGUUUAUUGCAUUGGCUCAACAGCUUCAAAUACAUGACAUUGACAUAAUCAGCCAUAAACAUCUGCGAGAAAAGGUUGUGCAAUAUGUGCAUGGCAAGCGGCGUCUGUUCAAGGACUUCGUGGAUAAAAACCAUUAUCCAACAUUCAGAGACUAUAUCAUCAAGAUGAAGAUGUUGGGGGAAUGGGGAGACAACAUCAUUCUGCAGGCAACAGCUGACCUCUAUAAGAGAAAGAGACGGAAGCAGCUAAUGACACCAAAAUGGACACAGAAGAUGAAUCAGAUUCAGAUUCAAAGUAUCCAAUCAACACUGCUGUAUGGGAACACAAGUGAGGAACAACUUCAAAGGCAUGAUGAGUUUGUCAGCGGCUUCCCAACACCAGACCGAAGAGUCAAUUUUGCAGAGGGAUAUCUGUCUCAAUAUAUGCAGCAAAAAAUGCUUCAAUACUUGAUAUCAGCUUUGACAUUAACAAGACUGAAAGAUACACGGAGGAUAUACUCGGGGAGUAUGCGACUGUUCAAGUGCAAGGUUGAAAAGAAGCUGGAACUUUUAACGCAAAAGCACAUGAUAGCUGCCACAGAUUACCUGAUGUAUGUUGGGGUAAAGGAAGCUAUAAUUCAUAUUCUGAUGGAUGUGCUGAAUAAACCCUAUGAAGAAGUCAACUAUGAAUGUAAAUCAACAGAAUUUGAUGCCAGUCAAGUUCCAGGGAGGGGUGUCCACAUCACUGUGGAUGACGAAUAAUGAUGGCUUGGUUCACACAGGGAGGUUUAAAAUGCCACUGUUAUACAGGAUGACUGACUUGCUGGAUGUGUUGUGAUGAUUGUGCUUGCACACUGAUGUCAACACCCACAUAUAUUAUCUUUACAAGAAAAGUAAUUUGAUGUACAUGAACCACAGUGACAUGUCAUUUUGUAACAUUAGUAUUUCUUUGUAUGACAAUGUGUGAAUUUAUUAGGGCUGCAACGGGUAACUCGGGUACCUUGGUCGGGUGGGUACUGAGUAGGACCCGGGUACCCACAGGACUGCCUGGACCCAUGGUUAGUCAUGUGAUAUAUUGUUUAAUGACAAAAAUUAUCUCGAACUCUAUGCUUACACUAAAAGUCACUCAUGUUCGCAUUUCUUUCUGACUAUGCACCCAUUCCUUCUGACUUAGGCUCUUCUUUUGGCUACUGAUAGUAAAUCCCAUUUCUAACUUGUGAGCAGAAUAUGA